UAGGCAACUCUGCAUUGGCAGUCAGCCGUCUGAGGCAGCAACUGUUGCGGAGUUUUAGAGGUGCAGUUCCCACAACUUUCAAACUUUUCAAAAUCUUAAAAAAUUCACUAGUAUUUGGCUACUUUCUGCUUUUCUAGACAAAGAAGACUUCACUCAAGGCUCACCAUUUUGGUGGCUGCAUUGACUGGGGAUCCUGAACAGGAGAUCACAAUGAAGUCACUUGCAUCUUUUUUCCUUUGGAGAAUCAUCUUAUUGCUAAUGCCACUGGUCUCACUGAGCCAGACAUCAGAGUAUGAGUACAUGAACUGGAAGUCAGAUGUGUACAACAGUGGCCGCAUCUACGACAAGCCUCCCCAGUGUGUGGACAUCCCAGAUGACCUGAGGCUGUGUCACAAUGUGGGCUACAAACAGAUGCUGCUGCCUAACUUAUUAGAACAUGAGACUAUGGCUGAGGUCAAGCAGCAAGCUGGAAGCUGGGUGCCCCUGGUGCACAAAAACUGCCACCCGGGCACUCAGGUGUUUCUUUGCUCCCUCUUUGCCCCUGUAUGCCUGGAGAGGCCCAUCUACCCAUGCCGCUGGCUCUGUGAAAAUGUGCGUGAUGGCUGCACCCCCAUCAUGGAGGCAUUUGGGUUCCCCUGGCCUGAGAUGCUCACCUGCGAGAAGUUUCCUCAAGAUGAUGUGUGCAUCAGUGCACCCAAUGCCACAGAGGCCUCCAAACCCACUGGAUUCUCUCCAGUUUGCCCUCCUUGUGACAAUGAAAUGAAAACGGAUGCUAUCUUGGAGCACAUGUGUGCCAGUGAAUUUGCCAUAAAGACCAAGAUCAAGGAGGUCAAACGGGAGAACAUGGAUCGCAAGGUGAUCCUGCAGAAGAGGAAAAAGCCUGUAAAGCUGGGCACUUUGAAGAAGAAAGACCUUAAGGAUCUCACUCUGUAUCUGAAGAAUGGAGCCGACUGCCCAUGUGCACAGCUAGAAAAUCUGGGAAACACAUACCUUAUCAUGGGCCGCAAGGUGGACAAACAGUACCUUCUCACUGGCAUUCACAAGUGGGACAAAUCCAGCAAGGAGUUCAAAAAGACCAUGAAAAAUCUCAAAAGCCACAAGUGCCCUGCCUACGAGAAUGUCUUUAAAUAAACAUUCUCAGAGUUGCCACUUAUUCUAUGAACUUGCACAUCCAGGCAACCCAAAAUACUGCUCUAUUUUUCAUUGUUUAUACAGUAUACUAUAUAUAUAUAUAUAUAUAUAUAUAUAUAUAUAUAUAUAUAUAUAUAUAUAUAUAUACAUUUCUUGUUAUUCAAAGUGUCUUGGAUCUGUGCUGUUUAAGACUGUUACUGAAGAGAGAACGAAUGAUACAGUACAGUAGACAAGCGUUCCACCAAAUCCAACUGAUCACUUUUGUAUAUAUCCAAAUAUGUAACUGUUCAUAAUAUGUUGUGAAAUGAUCAGAAUUCACCUGAAAUGUAUUGUUGAUCUGUCUUUUUUAUUAUGCCACAAACACAUUAUAACAUGACAGAUUUCCAUUCAGUAUUGCCCAAGAUGUCCACAACUUAUUGGUAAAAUAUUUGUACACACUGUGAAAAGUGCAUACCAUGUAAAACAAAUUGAGCCAUUUCUUAUAUUGAAUGUCAUUGGUUACCCGAAUUACACCAAAUUUAAUACACAAUGGUAUUCUAUUUUUCCUCGAAACAAUGCUGUGACUUAUACUGUGACCAUGAACUAAUCAAACAGUCAUCAGAUUUGUUAGUUUAUAUGCAAUUCUUGGAAAGAAGUCUGUUUUAGAAAGUACUGACUACAUAUGUUUGCAUAACAUUUAUUACACUGUUAAAGCCAUGUUUAUGACCAAUUUAAUUGUCCAGUCCCAAAUGAUUGGGUUACUUAUGGAUUUUGCUUGAUGGUAAAAUAAUGUAUACAUAGGCCUAUACUUUAUCUACUGUUAACACACUAUAUCUGAUUAAGUAAAGUGAUCAUGAAAGAACACAGUUCCCAAUAGCAUAUACUGUAGCAUACCAUCAACAAAAAUAAUAACAAUGCUUUUUAUUUGGUUUAUUUGACUGGUCAGUAAAUGUUCCAUAUAAUCCCACAACUCAUUACUGUUACUGUUAUAGUGCUGUUAAUUUAGCUGGUGAAAGGUUAAAGAAAGUUUUAGUUCUUAAUUUUUGCAAAUCUAUAGACAUUUAUCCCACAGCCAUGUCUGAAACUUAUGUCAGAAAUCAGUUAUAAAAUGCAUAAUGUGCACUGCGUAAGAUGUCUUUUCAUUUGCAUUAAAAUUGUCUUGUUUUUUGUAGCACUAUUAGUUUCACUGUAUCUCAAUACCAUUUUUUAAUGUUAGCAAUCAUUUUGUACAUAAAAUUCUAACACAAAUAUAAAAUAAAGACCAUAAAAAUGUGUAUGCCUUCUGUACACCAUGUUAUUUUUUUAACUGUCUUAACAGAGAAAUUUUUUUUUUAUUAUUUCAUUCAAUUUUAUUAAACUAGUUAUUACAAGAUGUUGUCAGAUAAAGUUUCUUAAAAAUG